GUUCCGUUGAGCUGCACGCGAUUACAUUAGCCCUAGUAAGUGAAGCGGCAAAAUCGGAAAAAGUGAAAAAAAUGUGGCUGCGAAAUUGAAACGACAAGAGGGAAAAUAAGCCCCACUUCUCACGAUCGGGCGGGUAAUAAAAAGGGUUUGGAUUGGAGGAAGACGAACCGAGACUUUAAUGGCGACGACGGCGAUGAUAAAACCUAAAAUUGAACACGGGGAAGAAGGUGAAGUGACUGAAGUCGAAGCGAAAACAUUCUCAACUAAAAUCCCAGAUGAUAGAGAAGCUCUACUAGAGUUCAUGGACCAGCGUGCCAACUCAAUCCAACGCCUUAAAGACGAGAUUUCAAUCCUCGACCGAAAGCUUGCUGAAGAGAGAAAACUGAUGGCAGAUGCGGAGGCAAAAUUUUUACAAAUUGAUCGUGUUCAAGAUAGUACCUUGUCUAAGUCUAAAUCAAAAGUGCCUGGUAAUGGAAGUUUAUUUGGUAUAGCAGAGUUCUGGACUGAGGGAAAUAAGGCGAAGACUCCUAAUGAAACCUCCUCUACUCCGCAUUCACGUAGUGAGAUGGAAUCCUUGAAAGUGCCAGCCAUUAUCUUGCCACCUUCUUUUAAACGAAGAACUUCUGCACCCGCUAGAGCAGAAGUAAAUGAGACCACCCAUGCUCAACCCAUGGCUACAAGGGAUCAAAAUAUCCCAAUGGAAGACACAAGUGGCCCUGAGGCCAAAAGACCUCGCAGUAUUCCUGAUGAAGUAGUAAGGGAUACCCAAGAUCGAGACAAUGGAGCUCAACCCAUGGAUAGAAGGGAUUAUGAUGUCCCCAAAGAAGAUAAAAGUGUCCCUGAGGCCAAGAGAUCUCGUAGUAUUCCUAGUGAAGUGGUAAGGGAAUCACAUGGUCGAGAUAACGUAGCUCAACCCAUGGCUACAAGGGAUGCCUCAAAGGAAGCCAAAAGUAGUCUUGAGGCCAAGAAAUCUCCUAGUAUUCUUAAUGAAGUGGUAUGCAAAACUCAAGAUCGUGAUAACCAAACUCAAGCUCAAGCUCAAGCUCGAGAUAACCAGACUAAUAAGGACUUUGCAAAGCCAAGGAUCCGAGCUUCUUCUACCAUUUCUCAACAACAGGAAAAAUCUGAAUUUCGAGGACAUGAUGAGUUGAUAGCGCUUAUAGGUAGGAGCUCUUUGCGUCCCACAAUUGAAGGUCGUACUGUAGGUAUGCUACCAAGUUGCCACACGAAAAGAAUGAGAAGCCUUGCUCUUUCUCCUUCAAGCCGUGAACUAUUUGCUACAAGUGCAUUGGAUGGGGCGGUUCAUUUCUGGAAGCUUCAAUCCGAUAGGUCGACAGCUACUUUGUUUAAUACGGUCAACCGGGUAGCAGUAGAUCAGAAGAAAUGGGCAGAAGAUAUAGCUUGGCAUCCACACAAAAGUGCACUUUUCUCCGUGUAUACUGCAGAUGAAGGUCACCCUCAAAUAUCAGCCAUAUAUCUAAAUGAAUCUGGAGGGAGUUGUGAGUCGAAAUUUCUGGAGGACAGGCCUCAUAGCAAAGGUCUUAUUAACAGAAUCAUGUUUACGCCUUGGGAUGAUCCUUGUUUCAUAACUGGUGGGAGUGACCAUGCAGUAGUGUUAUGGCGGGAUCAAUCUGAGAAUAAUGCGUGGAAGUCGACCCUUCUGCAUAGGGACUCACACUCAUCGGCUGUGAUGGGAGUUGCUGGAAUGCGCCAUAACAACCUUGUCUUGUCAUGUGGAGACGAUAGGAGAUUUGUUGGGUUUGAUGCUCGAGAAGAAAAAGUCACAUUCAAACAUAGACUAGACAACAGAUGCACAAAUAUACUGCCAAACCCGAGAGAUUUUAACCUUGUCAUGGUUCACACAAGGCAGCUAGACCGGCAACUGCGGUUGUAUGAUGUAAGAUUGCCUCAGACAGAACUGUUUUCUUUUGGGUGGAAGCAAGAAAGCAGUGAGUCGCAGUCGGCACUAAUUAACCAGUCUUGGUCUCCUGAUGGUUUACACAUUUCAUCUGGUUCUGCAGACCCUGUGAUCCACAUCUUUGAUAUCCGCUACAAUGCACCAAGCCCGUCUCUCUCGAUGAAAGCUCAUAAGAAAAGAGUGUUCAAAGCCGAGUGGCAUUCUUCUCAUCCUCUGCUCGUCUCCAUCUCAUCAGAUUUAUCAAUUGGGAUUCACAAGCUAUGGUGAAACAUGUUAAAGUCAUCCCCUGAAUAUUUGAAGGCCAGUAACUUAUGAAUGACAGAUUUUGUCUAGCAAGUAGUUGAUUGGUAAGUAAGACUUGAGCACAGUACCCCCAACUGGAUACAAAAACUGUCUUGGGACUUGCAUAGGGUAGUCCAGGGUCUAAAGGCACUAAUAUUUAUAUUUUUUGGUUGACUGUGGGAAAACUAGCAGAUAAUUGUUAGCUUUUCACAUCAACACUGUCGCAUUUUUGCGAGGACUACUACAUUAGGGCAAACUCAGUUGGAGCCAAAUGUUAAUCCCUUCAGAAUUCUGACA